UCCUGGGCGGGCGGUGCGGCUCUUGCCAGAGGCUGGCGCCCUCUCAGCCUCCGCCGCCGCCACCGGACGGGGCCUGGACGGGGAGGCCUUCCUCCGCCCGCCAUGAAGGACUGCGAGUACAAGCAGAUCCCCCCGGGCGCCCCAGCCGCCUCGCCUCCACUUCCCGCUGCCUCUUCCUCGGAGACGCUGCCGGAGGGCUCGGGCUCCUUGUCGCCGGCGCCCCCUCCUCCUCCUCUUCCUCCUCCGCCGGCUUCCCCGUCGUCCCGGCGCAAGUGGGAGGCCUUCCCCGGGAGGAACCGCUUCUACUGCGGCGGGAGGCUCAUGCUGGCCAGGCACAGCGGCGUCUUCCUCCUCACCCUCGGCCUCAUCGUGGCCACCAGCGGGCUCUUCUUCGCCUUCGACUGUCCAUUCCUGGCUCAUAAUCUGACCUUGGCCAUUCCUAUCAUUGCUGGCAUCCUGUUCUUUUUUGUCAUCAGCUCUCUGCUGCACACCAGCUUCAGAGACCCUGGUAUCCUCCCUAGGGCCACCCCCAGUGAAGCUGCAGAUCUGGAGAAAUGGAUUGACAAUCUGGGCACCUCCACUUAUCGGCCACCUGCCCGUACCAUGGAAGUUGUGAUAAAUAAAUACAUGGUGAAGUUGAAAUACUGCUAUACAUGCAAAAUGUUCCGUCCUCCUAGGACUUCGCACUGCAGUGUUUGUGACAAUUGUGUAGAACGGUUCGAUCAUCACUGUCCCUGGGUAGGCAACUGUGUGGGUAAGAGGAACUAUCGGUUCUUCUAUGCCUUCAUCCUUUCCCUCUCCUUCUUGACAGCCUUCAUCUUUGCAUGUGUCAUCACCCAUCUCGCCCUCCGUUCCCAGGGAAAUGAUUUCAUCAGUGUUCUGAAAGCAACGCCAGCAAGUGUGUUGGAGCUCGUAAUCUGUUUUUUCUCCGUCUGGUCUAUCUUUGGUCUCUCAGGGUUUCACACUUAUUUAGUUGCCUCCAACUUGACAACCAACGAGGAUCUCAAAGGGGCAUGGUCAAGUAAGAGAGGUUCUGAAUUUGCCAAUCCCUACAGCCAUAAAAGUGUCCUCACCAACUGCUGUGCAGUGCUUUGUGGACCCUUCUAUCCCAGUUUAAUAGACAGAAGAGGAUUCAUCCAGGCAGAUGCUGGGAUCCCGGCCACUCCUAAGACUGAAAUCCCUCCUUCCUUUGGAAUGAAAUCGGAUGCCAGCAUGGUAUGAGUCAACCCUUAGCAGUGCUGACAUACAGUCCUGUGCCUAGGCCUACCUCCAGCUGGUGCUUCUCCUUCAUUUUGCCAUUUUCUGGGCUCAGGCAAGACAGCCUGAGUGAGGCAGAGCUUCCCAAGUUCCUACUCAAACCUUAUGCCAUCAUCUUUGGUGUUGGUUGUUUAAUUUGGUUUGAUUUUUUUGUACGGUGGGACUUGCCUAGACCUUGUGGACUGCUGCAUCUAAGCUCUCGGUAGAGCUGCUUAGAGCAAACCACGUCCCUCGUCGGGAAGAAGGUCGUUUCUUAAGAACCACCCAUUCUCAGAGGGUCUGCGGUAGGGACUGGUUGGGAAAUAUGAAGCAUAGGGACGUGGCAGUGGUGUAGAGAAGGGGGAUACCACAUACAGCAUUUAGUUCAGACUUGCUCCUUGAUGAAGCUGGCAUUAGUCGGUCAGCCUAGCCGCUUUGCGUGAGCAGUGAGAGGGAAAAGUGUUCUUUGGCUGAGCCUUGAGGCACAGCGCACCGUUUGAGGACAUGGCACUCCUUGCCUUAGCAGCAAGUGUGGCCUGCUGAGCUGGUUUGCCGAGGACGACGCUACUGUUCCAACUGAUGGGAGCAAGAAGAAUGCUAGGUUACGCGAACCCUAGGAAAGGAGCAGGAGGCAUUCUUCUGGGUUCUCUGUGUCGGGGUGCUAUCCUUGUUUGCUUCAGUCGAAUCAAAACAACAGAAACAGGAUGAGGACAGCCCAGUACCAUUGUUUAACUGAUCAGUGGAAAUUACGGAAAGCCUCUACUGAUGUGAAUAGAGAAGGGAAUAUUGUGUUCAUGGCCAGAAUCACUGGGUUGCUGUGUGUUUUCCAGGCUGUCUGGCAACGUUCCAGAAUUAUUCUCUCCUGAUUUAUCGCCCACAUCUAUAGCAGGCAUCCUCAGAGGUUGUGGGGUCUGUUGGAAUCGAGGCAAGUGGGAUUUAUAUAUCUGUGUACUAAUGGAAGAACUUUUGUCAGCUUGACGCAAGUAUGAAUGUUGCAAAUGGCCACCUUGAUUAGCAUUCAAUGGCCUUGCAGUUUCAAAGCCUGGCUGAUCGCUGCCUGGGGGAAAGACAUGAGUUCUUUCUCCCGCCCUAGACAUUCCACAGAUAUGUAAGCCUCUCUUGCCUAGUGACCCCCUCAACCUCUGAGGAUGCCUGCCAUAGAUGUGGGUGAAACAUCAGGAGAGAAUGCUUCUGGAACAUGGCCAUGCAGCCUGGAAAACACACAGCAACCCAGAGGGGAUAUUGCCAUUUGGUACUUCCUGGUCAGAUAACUAUUUUUGUCAAGGGAAAUACUGAGCAGAGACUGUAUUCACAGGACAAUCCAGAAAGAAACCUUCCUCCCCUGGGCUUUUUUUCUCUGUAGGAGGCUGAAUCCUCUCAUUUGAAUUCUCAACCAAUCAUAGAAAGGAGGGGAGAGAUCAUGAAAAUGCCUAUUAGAAUUCCUUUUAGCAGUGCCUCCCAUCCUGCUGUGUCAGCCCUAAUGCGCAUAGGAAGGUUAAAUACAUGUUAAAUACUUGAAACCUGUUCAUUAAAAGCUGCUGGAUAUUUUUUUUGCACACAUUUUGUAGAUUUUUCUAAGGAUUUUUCAAAGUGGGUUUGUUUUGCAUACAUAGAAUCAGGUGAUUUUUUUAAAAAAGCAUUGAAAUUAAUUUGUAAUUCUUCUUUGAGCUUUGGAAGACUGUAGGAACGUUCGGCUAGUCUUUAGGAUAUAAGGGAAGCUCCCGGUGGCACAAUGAGUUAAAUCCUUGUGCUGGCAGGACUGAAGACUGACAGGUUGAAGGUCUGAAUCCAGUGAGAACGCAGAUGAGCUCCCUCUGUCAGCUCCAACUCCCCAUGCAGGGACAUGUGAGAAACAUCAAAACAUCCAGGUGUCUCCUGACAACGUCCUUGCAGACGGCUAAUUCUCUCACACCAGAAGCGACUUGCAGUUUCUCAAGUUGCUCCUGACACAGGAAAAUAAAGGGAAGCUUGAUGUUCUGUAUUCCUGAAGAAACUAGGCUUCAUUGAAAACAGAUUUUGGAUCUCAUAGGGACAAAUCAAGUGUGCCUUUUUAACCUCAUCUCAGCAGAGAAUCAGGGAUCGCAUGAACAUCAUGCUUGUAUUUUUUCAAAAUCGGAAUCACUGAAGUCAUAUCUCAGGAAUGCUCCUUGUAAGUGAAGGAUCAGGUCUUUCCUUCAGCUUUUCCAGACAUGCAUCUCUUGUAAGUGACGUCAGUCGCUACCUUAGAGUGGUACAUCCCCCUUCCAGAGAACAUUCUGGAAUCCCAUCAGCUUCCAGAGGCGCAUGGCAGGCCUCCUCCAUUGAUAUAGAAAGUAUCGUUCCUGGGAGAGAUCUCUUAGGCUGCCCUAAGGAAAGUAGGGAGCUCCCUGGGCCUUGCUAAACUCGAUUGACGUGGGCCCUUUUUCACUGCCUGUGCUCAGAAAUACAAGGAAAAUCCUCAGUCUCAGUCUUCUUCUCAGUAAAUUGAUACGUGUUUUUUUCUAAAAGGAUUAAUAUUGUAUUGUCCAAGGCUUUCAUGGCUGGAAUCACUGGGUUGUUGUGAGUUUAAUGGGCUGUAUGGCUGUGUUCCAGAAGCAUUCUCUUCUAACAUUUCACCUGCAUCUAUGGCAGGCAUCGUCAGCGGUUGUGAGGUCUUCUGGAAACUAGGAAAACCUCUGAGGAUGCUUGCCAUAGAUGCAGGCAAAACGUCAGGAGAGAAUGCCUCUAGAACAUGGCCACAUAGCCCGAAAAAACCCUACAACAACCCAAAAUGAGGUUUAUAUAUCUGUGGAAUGUCCAGGGUAGGAGAAAAAACUCUUGUCUGUUUGAGGUAGCUAUGUGAAUAUUUCAGUUGGCCACCUUGAUUAGCAUUUAAUGCUAAUCAAGUUUCAAGGUCUGGCUUCUUACUGCCUGGGGGAACCCUUUGUUGUUUUUGAGGCCAACACUCGAAAACGGGAAUUCCAGACAAGAAACUAUCAGGUCCAGCUAAUCACCUCCAAACAAAGUAUUCCUCCAGACAGUAAGAAGACAGACCUUGAA